UCCUGUGUCUCACAGGGAGAGACGUGUUUCACAGGGAGAGACGUGUUUCACAGACAGAGACAGACAGAGACGUGUCUCACAGGGAGAGACGUGUUUUACAGACAGAGACAGACAGAGACGUGUUUCACAGGGACAGACAGAGACGUGUUUCACAGGGACAGACAGAGACGUGUUUCACAGACAGAGACAGACAGAGACGUGUUUCACAGAGACAGACAGAGACGUGUCUCACAGGGACAGACAGAGACGUGUCUCACAGGGACAGACAGAGACGUGUCUCACAGGGACGGAGCGUUGCAUCCUGAUUGGACCGUUUCUCAGAUCCAACAUGGCGGUCUCUCAGGUGAACCUAGAUGACUACAGUGUUUACAGUCAGCUGUCUGAUGAAGAGCUCCUACAGAUUGCUGUAGAGAGAAGACUCUCUGACAACCACAGCCAACCUCCACCCCCAGAGCAUAUCCCCAACUGUGCAAACCCCCUAACAGGCCUGUCCAACUUCCCCUACAGAGCCUUCAGGAGACAGUUCAGUCCUCUACAGUCCCUGAUUAGAAAUGGAGAUGUAGAGGCUCUGAUGUAUUUGGUUGGACGGAGGUCCAGCAGCCUGACGGAGCCGAAUGAUGAAGGCUGGAUCGCUCUUCAUGAAGCUGCUUAUUACGGACAGCUACAAUGUGCCUCAAUCCUCAUCACAGCUCAUCCCGACUCAGUGAACAGAUGCAGUUUGAAGAAUGAGACCGCUCUGCUGCUGGCUGUUGGACAAGGAAACGUUUCCUGUGUCGAUAUUCUCCUGAAGCACGGAGCUGACCCAAACAUCGGCAAUGAGGCCCGAGAAACGCCGCUGUUUGUAGCCUGUGAGCAACCAAACGAAGUCAUUGUGGAUCUGCUGCUGAGGGUUGGAGCUCAGGUGAAUCGGUCCAGCAUUCAGGGAUUAAGUGCUCUUCAUGAAGCCUGCAGGAAUGGACAACUGAAGCUCUGCACGAUGUUACUGGAGUCCAGAGCCAAUCUUCAGACAAAAAACAUCUACGGCAUCCAACCUCUCUUCACCGCUGCACAGCACGGAUAUGCCGACAUCAUCCACCUGCUUGCUAAGAAAGGUGCGGAUGUAAACGGUCAGGCAGCAGACGGAGCCUCGCCACUGUUCGAAGCUUGUAAGAACGGUCAUGUGUCUGCGGUGGAAGUGCUGCUGUCUCUGAAAGCAGAUGUUAAUUGCUCCAUGAAGUCGGGCCUGCUGCCUCUUCAUGUGGCUGUUCAGAACAAUCACUUAAGAAUCGUGUCAAUGCUGAUCCCAGUGACCAGCAGGGUCAGAGUCUGGCAUAGCGGCAUUAGUCCUCUGCACAUUGCCGCAGAGAGGAACAGGGAGGAAAUAAUGGAUCUGCUGAUCAAGUCCGGCUUCGACGUCAACACCAAGCUAUCGGAGGACUGCUCCAUGAUGUAUGAAGACCGGCGGAGCACAGCGCUCUACUUCUCCGUCUACAACAUGAACCUGGAGGCCACCGAGAUGCUGCUAGAGGCCGGAGCUGACCCCAACCUGGAUGUCUUCAACCCGCUGCUCAUUGCUGUCCGGCUUGGCCGAAUGGACAUGGCAACACUGCUGCUGAGGUACGGCGCCAACAUCAAUGCUCAGAUAUCCACCCAGCCGUCCUCGUUCCCGGCUGCCGUCCUGCUCAGAAUGGAGUCUCUGCCUAUGCUCAAACUGCUGCUGGACAACGGCUGCGACGCCCGGCUCUGCUUCGACUGUCCAUAUGGCCAAAAACCACAUCCGGCCCUCCCGCUGUCCCGCCAUCCCUUCGAAGAAAUGCAGUUCUGCGAGGCCGUCUCCUGCUUCACCCCCUGCCGUUUAGCCGGUCCAAUCAUCUCGGUGCUGCUGGACUACGUCUGUCACAUUCGUCUCUGCUCCCGGCUGCUAGAGGUCCUGGAGAGUCACAGCGACUGGGUGCCAAUCAAACUGAAAGCUUUUCCUCCUCAUCCUCUGAUGCGGCUCUGCAGGCUGGAGAUCAGGCGUCUGCUCAGUGUCCGAAGACUCAAACUGCUCCACACUUUGCCACUUCCUGUCAGACUGGUCCGCUUCCUGCGCUAUGAUGUCCCUGCUCAAUCACCUGAAGUCACCUGUAAAUGUGACAUGUAAAUGUGUGGAGCUGAAAGCUUGAUGACGUGGAACUGCUUGCAGAGCUAGUUGGUGGACAGAUGGUAAUGUUUUGUUCAUUAAAAGGUUAUUGAGAAGGGAAAUAAAGCUCUAAGCUUGUUAGCUUAGCUUUAGCCAUUACACCUGAAACCACUCAUCUGUUUAACUUUAGGCGCUGUUUGAACCUGGCAUUUACUUACACUUUGAGAUCCGAUCACUAAGAACUGAUUAUUUUAGCAGUGUGUAUGCGAACGUGUCCUGGGUAGAGGUCUUCAUGGGGGUGCGUGUGUGUCCAGCAGCAGUCAGACUCAGAAGGCACAGAUGAUAGCAAAUUAGCAAUGCUAACGCUAGCAGCCGUGAAAACGAGUAAUCACUAUUAUAGUCCAAAGCAAGUGCAAGAGGACUUUUAACUGAAAUUAACGAGUUCAUCAGUUGUGCUCUUUUGAUCAGCAAGAGAGGAAUAACAGAAAACUUGGAGUAUUUUACCAACUUCCUUGGCAAGGAUGUAUCAUAUGCAUCACGGCCUGACACAGGGGAUAGGCAACUAACGUUACAUUCAGUAACAUACAAAGUUUUGUUCUGACAACUUGUGAACUAACAUAACUAGUUAUAAGCACUGUGGAAUCAGUGCCAGUUGGGUCUGUGUCUCCCGGCCGGGUUUUGGCCCACAUUUUUGACCUGUAAAGACCUCUAGUCCUGGCCCCAGUGAAGGAUUACUUACUAAACUCACGUUCUCUGCGGAAACGUACCAACGGCGUCAUAUUAAAGGGCUAAUUUGGGCUAGUCCAUCCAAUAUAUUACAUGUGCGUCAAACGUCUGGAGAAAGCCAAGAAAUAGAGGAGAAGUGUGAUCACUAGAGAUGCUUUCUAUGCUAGCUGUGAACUGACGUACUGUGUGCUUCAACUUGCGAUUGGAUCACCAAGACGCAUGCCAGUUGUGAACAGGCCUUUGAUCACUCACCUGUUAAAUUUUAAAUCACUCUUAAACUAAUUCUUAUGGCUUUUACUUUAGAAAUCUUCCUGAUAAUGACCUGAUAAUAACAACAGCUUUGUUUUAAUGUAUAAAAUUAUAAUUUAAUGAUUAUCAGGGCAGAUUGUCAAUGACCUUUGACCGAGUCACUGUGUUAUGUAAUUAGAGUUAUAAAAUAAAAAUAAAUCAAUAACACGUCA